AGAUGAAAUCAAAGGGGGUAAAAACAACUGCUUCCAUUUAUUUUCUCCAUCUGUCUCCCGAAAUAAUCAGCGGUAUCAUGAGUUGAGUUUAUCCCAAUUUUAGGACAAGAUCGAGGGAAGGGGCUGAACAUGCAUCCCUGCUCUUCUGUCCUGCACCUGCUGCUGAGAUGCAUGCGCGGGUGUUGCAGACACACUCGAAGUCGCGUGCCCAGAAGACUGAGGAGACAUGUCAGCUAUAUCAGACUCAUCUUCAAGUCCCUUUAUUUUAACUCGCUCACUAACUCUGAUGUGGUGACGGACUCCAUUCUUGAACCAGUGUUUUGGAUGGUGGAGGUUGUCACACGCUGGUUUGGAAUGGUUUUUGUGUUUUUAGUAGUAGCUCUUACCAGUUCUGUGGUUUUCAUCGCUUACUUCUGUCUUCUACCGUUGGUCCUGCACACAUAUUCUCCUGGAUGGAUGAUAUGGCACAUCUGUUACGGGCACUGGAAUUUGGUCAUGAUAGUCUUCCAUUACUACAAGGCCACAAAAACUCCCCCUGGAUACCCUCCAAAGAUGAAAACUGACGUCCCAUUUGUGUCUGUCUGUAAAAAGUGCAUCAUUCCUAAACCAGCACGAAGUCAUCACUGUGGUAUCUGUAAAACAUGUAUACUAAAAAUGGAUCAUCAUUGCCCUUGGCUUAACAACUGUGUUGGUCAUUUCAAUCAUCGUUACUUCUUCUCCUUUUGUCUCUUUUUGACUUUGGGCUGCAUGUACUGUAGCGUCAGCGGUCGGCAUCUCUUUAUCGAUGCAUACAAUACUAUAGAUCAAUUGAAGCAUUUGGAAGCAGAGAAACAGGGUGUUCCAGUGACGGGGAUUGGGUUGCUCAUUGGCAUUGUCCCGUCAGCAGGUGUGGCUGGGAAGGCAGUACAGGUGGCUCAGGAGGUUUCGCAACCUCCGUACACCUACAAGGACAGAAUGUUUCACAAGAGUGUUAUCUACAUGUGGGUCCUUACAAGCACUGUGUCUGUCGCUCUUGGAGCUCUCACUCUGUGGCACGCUCUACUCAUCACCCGUGGAGAAACCAGCAUUGAGCGCCAUAUAAACGGCAAAGAGGCCAAACGUUUGGCUAAACGUGGAAGGGUCUACCGGAAUCCUUUCAGUUAUGGCAAACUAAACAACUGGAAAGUGUUCUUUGGUGUAGAGAAGAGAAGUCAUUGGCUGACACGUGUUCUCUUACCCUCUGGACAUGCUCCUUACGGUGAUGGACUGACAUGGGACAUUUACCCUCUUAAAAAAGACAUGAUGCCAGUUUGAGAUUUGAAAAGACUUGACAGUGUGAGUUAAUGAUGCCAGUCUCACCCGCUGUGCCAAGGCUGAAUGCAGAACCAGAACCCGGAGAACACAGGAGUCUGAAGAGCCCAGAUUUACCCAGUGAUCUCACUCAAUGACUUUUGCUCUUUCUGGCCAAAUGAAAGGGCUGUCCUCAAAAAAUACCCUACAUUUUUUGGAUGUUUUCUAUCAUUUUUUUAAAUAAUGAAAUCCAUGGCAGUUGUCUGUGCUAUCAGUGGAAGAUAAUGUGCUUAAAGCAGGGUUAGUAACCUUGUAGGGCUUAUGUAAAUAGUAUUUUUAAAUCUUUAUUUAUGACAUGUACAAUAUCGCUAUUUAAAUGCACUGAAAUCCAUUUCCAAAGUCAACCAUGUCUGAAAACUUCCCUAGGAUUUUAUUACAUUUAAAAUAAAUGUUUUUUUCACAGCA